GGACGCUGCCUGGUUGCCUAGCAACAGCUGAGGACGGAAACAUGAACUAUGCGGUUGACCGGGAGCUUCAGGCUAAGGAAUAUUUAGAAAAACAUCGGAUAAUGGAGCUGCUGAGCCAACUCACCAGCUUCCUCCUCUUUGACCGACCAAAGAAACCAAGAGAGUACUUAAUCUCUCUUCUGGAACGGUUGAAGAUUGCCAAGGUAACAGGCGUAGCAUUUCCUUUCUUCAUGGAAAACUCUAACAUUGUGUCGAUGUUUGAGAUGAUGGACUCCUCUGGCAGAGGCUGCAUAUCCUUUGUGCAAUACAAAGAAGCCCUAAAGAACCUGGGUCUGUGCACUGCAGAUGAAGUUUUGCAUGAUGACGGACAUAUAAUAACUCUGGAUAAAUUCAGAGAUGAAGUGAACAGGAGAAUGCAGGAAAUAUGGUCGUCGUUUUAGUGACAUCGUAACUCCAGCUAAUAAAUGAGUCUACCACAUUUUCAUUCGUCCCCUUUCAUUAACUCAGAACUUUAUCAGAUGCUUUCAACCCAACUGCAGCAGAAUUGUGUUCCCAGUGAUCAGAAAACAGCACUGAACUCGAUGCUAGGUAGCAAGUCCAACGUGUGUUCUAUGCCUGGUUCUGGUCAACUUCCUGAGGAUGUGGAUCACACCCAUUGUUUUGUUUUCUCUAUUGUGCUUUAAAAAUAUAAUGCAUUCA